AUGGAGGGCCGUGCCUGGAGAGUCCUGUUGAUGCUUGCCAUUUUGGCAGCAGCCACCACAGCUUUGCCCCCUCAGCAAGCCGCGUGGAGCUACGAGGAGGCCGUCUCCUUGGCCAUAGACCUUUACAACCGAGAACCCGAGGGGGACUUUGCCUUCUGGCUCCUGGAAGCCAAGCCUCAGCCAAAGUGGGACUCCUCAGCAAAGUCCCCUCAGCGAAUACGGUUCACAAUGAAGGAAACCAACUGCCCAGUCUCCAAGGAGCGGUCCCUAGAGGGAUGUGCCUUCAAGGCUGAUGGGCUGGAGAAGGAAUGUUCCGGAACGUUCUCUGCCCAACAAGGGACUCCCAUUACCCAGUUCAAUUGUGAAACUGUACCUAAUGAUCACAUCCGCACCAGGAGAUCACCCAGUCUCAUAAGGAAGGAGCUUAAGAAAGCCAACAGCCGCAUUUUUUAGAAGAAAAG